CACGCGUCGCCUGUGCUUUCAAAACGCGAACCUGUGAUCACAUAUGACGGCUCGGGAAACAUUGUCAACGUCACCGAUCCGACAACAAUGCAGCAGAUCGCGCAAGGGUCUGCGACGGACGGCGCCGGCGUCGACUUCAGUGUCCCCGCCAUCGUCUGGCUCGUGUGGGCAUUCGCUGUCGGUAUCCCGCUCAUGCUCGCAGGCUUCAGGCUCGGUAGACUGACAACAGGGGCGGCGACUGGGUGUGCUGCAACGCUCGCUAUUUGGGCGUCGUUCGUCAACGCGGUCGGUGCAGACGGCAUCUUGGACCUCUGGCUCAUGGUCCUUCCCGUGGCCGCCUUUGGCUGCGGCUUUGUCCUCGGACUCUUCGAAUUCGGGCGCAUUGCAGGCAUCGCGGUGCUCGGCGCGCUCGGCGGCCUGUCCCUCGGCGUGCGCAUCGUCCUUUUCCGCCCGGGACUCCUCUUCCCUCACCCGUAUUGGGCCAACUGGGUCGUCACGAUGGUGCUCGGCGCCAUCUUCCUCAUUCUUGUCAUUGCGAAGCAGAAGGCCGGCAUCACGCUGUCUGCAGCCGCGCUCGGCACGUUCCUCACGGCCCUUGGCGUCGAUCUCGUCGUGAACAAGCAGUCCGGCAUGAGCAUGGGGCUCAGGUACUUCUUUGACCGGAACGCGGCGCAUAUAUAUUGGCUGCAGACGCGCGGAUGGCAUCCGCCGAUCGCUACAGAGGUCAUCAUGGCUAUUUCCCUUGCUGCAAUACCUCUCCUCGCAUACGCCCAGCACCGUAUCUUCAAGCAGCCCUUCAAGCGCGUGCGGAGCCGUAGCAUCUCUUCGCGGCUGUCUGCUGACGAAGAAGACGACAUCACGAUCACAAACCGGCCGUCCGAGGCCGCUGAGAAGGAAGCGCUCGCACCGAAUGUUGAACCUUCUGAUGACACGCCUGUCGCAACGCCUGCAGCGACAACAGAAGACCUUCUCUCCCCCAAAGAGGACACACCCUUCAAGCUUAAGAUGGGCAAAGCGUCACCAUCACUAUCGACAAGUGGAUAAUAGACCUUGCAUCUUUGUAUUCGCUGCUCUUAUCUUGUCCUUCCAUCUGCGCUCGGACAUUUUUCUUAUAGAUGCUACGGAUCCCGGACUUCAUGCACAUCGCACCAGUCACUUCUGCAUUCCAAUACAGACUAUCGGGUAAUCAUUAGAACUUUCGUUUCUCUUGCACUGCAUCUGGCAUCUUCGGGGGUACAUACGCACAUCGCAUUACUAGCAUUACUAUUCUUUCACUUUGCUUUAUCUUCUCUUUUGGUAUAUCCACUGUGCUCUACCGUAGACUGGCUCUGGCUCGUAGUUAACAGUCCACGCAUAUGCUGCGCCUUAAUCUUCUCUCCAGCACGCAACCACCCUUCCACGGUUCGCCGUCCGGUCCCAGGUGUCCUCUUUGGGCGGGCCUGUCUCCGGCGUACGAUACCGUGUAUUGCUACAACGCUCCACCUGUCUGCUGGCAACAGCACCUACCGCACCCCUCUGUAUGUCCUCUAGUAAUGCGGACGUAUGUCUACCAUAGCACCGGUACACACAUGAGGAAUAUUU